CAUUCGCAGCGCUCCGGAACACGUUCAGUUCAGUAGAUAUAUUUUCCCCCGCAAAUUGUUUCGUGUCACCGUUUAGUGCAGUUGCCAACGAUUUCCGGAUUUCCCAGUGGUAUCCAACCAAGCACCAAGUGUCCCGCUUUCGGUUAGUAUCGAUUUCGUUCCGGUGUGGUGUGAAUUCCGCUGAAAACUUCUCGAUUGCCGGUUUGUCGGUGCUCAGUUGCGCGAGAGCACUAGUAGGUACAGUGGCGCCGCCAUUUUGAAAUUCUGCUUUCAUUGUCUCCCGCCAGCCAGCGGUAAAAUUUUACGUCAAAGAUCUUUGACAGCAGGAAAGUGUGGAUCUCACUCAAUUUUUUUUCGAGUGCUCAUCAAAAGUCAUUUUUGGCGGUAAUCGUAGAAUGUGACUGGUUGCAAGUUGGUUGGUGAAAUUUCCAGCGGUCAUUCUGAAGUGGACACAAUUUCGAGCAGCUUUGGUGAAAUUAAUGCGCAGUGACAUGUGAAAUCCAGUGAAAACAGGAAAAUUAUUGUACAACAGUAGGGAGUGACGUGCGGACGUUCAAGUCACUCACCAAUACAUAGGGAGUGGCAGUGAGUGGUUUCAGGGCGGGAAACAGUCAGCGGAAAUUAUUUUGAAUUUUGCUUGAGUGUUGGUAAACACACACAACAAAGGCGCCGGUCCAGUAGGUAAAUGUGUGCGGUGGAUAGGGUGUUUGGCCUCAUGUUCUGAGGAGGACGUUGAAAUGGUUUUCACUGCGUUCCUGGAGUUUAGUUCAGUACGAGAGUGGAUCGUAUGAAGUGUGUAGUGCGCGCGCGAAAGAAGCUAAUGAGCGAAAAAGAGGCAAAAAGUGAAAAAAUAAUCCUACAGGCGGAAACAUAAAAAAGAAUAUUCUUACGAGAAUAUUAUCCCAGAGGAAGAAUUUAGUUAAAAAGUGUAUGAUCGGUUCCGGUCUGGAGUGCUGAGAAAAAUGUUCGAACUAGAGGAAAUGAGCAAUGGAUUCCACGACGUGUUACUCAACAAAUACAAUGACACCACCCCCAUCAUGGACCUGUACGUGUCGGACUCGAUGCAGGACAUGCUGGACAUCGACAUCAAAUCCGAGGUGGCCACCGUCGUCGGCGGUGUGAACGAGUUCAGCUCCCUGAUGAACUUCGACCUACCCUCGUUGGAGCUGGACAGCAACUCGAACGAUGCGAUCAGCGGAUGGGGUGCCGGAGCGCCCGCCAAGUGGCCCUCGAGUGACAUCUACGCCGACGUCGGUGCCUGCGUCAAUCCAAACUCCGUUAUGCCCGUCAUCACGUCCGUGCAGACGUCGCUGCUUAAAAGUCCCAAGCAGAACGUGAACCUCAACGCCACGGUCAGUGCGCUGAAUGACCCGACGCUACCGAGCCCAAAGGAGCGGAAAAGUCACCUCACCUUCUCGCCCAACACCAUCAAAGUGCCGAUGGUGGUCCAGCAGGAAGUGAAGAAACCCGUCGCCGUCAUCACCACCGGAUUGACACAGAUCCAGCGGAUAAACGGGAUCGACCAGGUCAAAAAGGACCUCUCAAGUCAGAUGUUGAAAGACGAGGGCAACAACAAGAUCGUGAUAAGGAAUCAUCAGCCUCCGAACGGCGCAUCCAGUCCGAGUUCCGGACUGGGUAUGGGGCUGGGUAAGGGGAAUACCAUCAAGCUUGCAGCCGGAAUCGGUGGGCUGACCUUUGCCAAUGGAGUUCAGUUCAAAAAUCUGAAGAACGUCCAAAAAAUCACCGCGCUCAAUGGAGCCCAUGGGCUGAAUGGGCUCAAACGAGCCUCGAGCCCUGCGCGGAACCUCAGUGCAACCACUACGGUUCACGCCGGUCAGACACAACUGAUUGGCAUCAACGGGGCAUCCCCGAAGAUUUUUAACCGCACCUUCAUACCUCACAACGGAGGUAAACCGUCCAACAUGAUGCAAAUGACGAAUAGUAGCACAGCUGCCGUGACGACCGCCACGCCCAAGACGAAACCCGCCAAGCAGCAAGGAGACAGCGGCUUCCCGAAGCCAGCUUAUUCCUAUUCCUGCCUGAUUGCGAUGGCACUGAAGAAUUCCUACACCGGAUCGCUGCCGGUGUCGGAGAUCUACAGCUUCAUGUGUAUGCAUUUCCCGUACUUCAAGACGGCUCCGAACGGGUGGAAGAACUCCGUCCGGCACAACCUGUCGCUGAACAAGUGCUUCGAGAAGAUCGAGAAACCGGUGACGAACGGUGGCCAGCGGAAGGGCUGUCUGUGGGCGAUGAAUCCGGCCAAGAUCACCAAAAUGGACGAGGAGGUACAGAAGUGGUCCCGCAAGGAUCCGAUGGCCAUCCGGAAGGCGAUGGUUCGUCCGGAUAUGUUGGGAGCGUUGGAAAAGGGAGAAGUGAAACAUGGACCCACCGGGGAGAGCGACGAGGGCGAAAAUGACGACGCCGAUACGGAGGACCAUUCGGACAUUGAAGCGGUGGAGGGUGAGGAGGAGGAGGUCGAUGCCGAGGAGGAGAUCGAGAUCGAACAGGAGGCGGACAGUUUCAUCAUCAACACGCCGGAGUCGAUGGAGGAUCCGGAGGGGGACGAUGUGGACGUGGAUUUUGAUAUGGAGGUUCCGGACUUUUACGACGACAUCAACGUGGAUUCCAAGGAAGGCUUUACGCUUGAGUUUGUCCAGAAAGACCUGCUCUCGUUGGAUGACGAAGAUGAAUCGGUGUACAUUUCACCCCAGCCGAACAACACCCACCACCAACAGCAUCAACAACAGCAACAACAUCAGCAGCAGCAGCAGCAGCUAUCCUUCCAGCAGUUACAACCGCUGGCAAAGCGAGCGAGGCUCGACGUCAAUUACUCCAUCUCACCUGCCGUUGGCACUGCUGGAACUGGGACGGUAAACGGCAUCAGCACCUCCGCUGCCACUGCUGUGAAUACCGUUGUCAAUAGCAACGGAACCACCGUCAACCAAAUCCAGUUGGCCAAUGGGCAACAGUUCCAGUUUACCACGACGACGACCAACGGCAGCCAGCAGCAGUUCCAGCAGAUCCACCAUCACCAACAGCAGCAACAUCACAACCGACGGAAGACCCCACUGGUCACGCGAAUAGCUUAAAAUAGGACGAAAGCGUGGUAAACUUUCUCGCACCUAGCAAUAAGCAAAACAGAAUGGUUCUAUUUUUGAGUGUUAACAUUUAUCCCUUUCCCUCGCUCCCCCUUGGUUCCCCCCAGUAUUUUCCCCCUCCCCUACAUACACAAAAAAAAAGUAUACUUUACAACAAUUUUAGUUGUGAUAAUUUAGAACAAUUAUUGAACGAAGCUAGUGUUUCACACAAAAUACAACAAACACACGGUAACGAGAGCGAACAAUUUAAACCAGUAAAACCGCAAAACAAACAAAAUCAGUUUGACAGAUGAACAAGAACCAGCAAUUUUAGGAUCUCAAUAAUAGUGUGUACGUGUGUGUGUGUGUGUGCGUUGGAAAAAAUGGAACGAAAAUGUUGUGUUCUCCCGGCGGAGAGGAAAACGUUUUUGUAUUAAUUUAUCUUUCAAAAUGUGAUAACAACUUGAUUGUGGUAGAGUUUUUCUACGCGUUUUUUUUUUCAUCGUGUAAGAUCCGGAUGAUCACGGAUUCGAUUCGUCCAAACAGUCUCUCUUUCUAUUUUUGUGUAAUUUAAUUUAGGAAACGAAUCGAAAUCGACGCAGAUCUUAUCAAUCAAAUCCACGGACAGACAGAAAGGCGACGGAUCCGGCUUUCGUUCCCAUCGAAUCGUAAUGGGCAUGGGUUAUCACAACCUAACCUCAUUUGGGUUUCGUUUGUCUCUGAAGUUUGACAGAUUGGAAUGAGGUUAGAAAGGCCCGUGCAUUCAACGACGAUGAUUUCUUUUAUCGGAGAAUAGGAACGGAAUAUCUACACACUGCCACUCGCCGCUGGAACGAAAGCUGGAUCCAUCUCUCCUUUUGACACGGUGAGCGCAAUUAAGCAACUUACGUUAUUAUUGUCGUUAUUUUCAACAUAUUUCGUUGUUAUUUUUUUUUGUUUUUGGAAACUUCGGCGAAAUGUUUUCAGGCCGUUCGCAACAUUGUUAUUUUGAAACAACACAUACAAAAUAGGACAGCGUUGGGAACAGCCUGAAAAGCGAUGCUGCAUUUUUGCAUUCAGCAGGAAUAACGUCGAAUAGAAAUUUUGUUUCCAUUGCGAGUUCAAGUUCAGUUUUUUAGUUAAUAAGUUCAAACCCCCGGCUAGAUUGUAUCACUUGAGGACAAGUUGUGUGUGGGUGUUUAUGAACAAAUGUGUUCGUUUUGUACCGUGGAAGCCCCGGAAUGGUCAUACCUGGACUGUUCCUUACAUUUGCGUAAAACAAACGCAACAACAACUAUAUUCGGUUAUUCGGCGUUUAAAUGAAAAUGGAUGUUGAUAUUCAACCAUUUCCCAUAUAAUAAGUAACCAGUGUUUUGGCGAAAUUUGAGUCUACAAAGUUUGAUAUUCGGUUGAAAAUUCGACUAACUAAAACCAUUCGAGCGUAUCUACAGGACGAAGGAAAACGAUACGGUUGAGGUCUUCUAGAACUGGAUGGCGUAGAAGCGGUUGGCUGCUUUCAACUCAGGGGAAACAUGUCAGAAGGGUCUUAUUCGAAACGUAAACAAUGACUUGGAUCGUCGGUUUCUUACGAAUGACAACACACUCACUCAAACUAACUAAAUCAUCUGACAGAGAAAUGUUUGUUCUACGAGCUGGUGUAGUCAGAGAUUCCGUGGGUGUGCGGUCAUACAAGAGAAAUCGACGAUCAAAGUCAUUGUUUACGUUUCGAGUUAUACCCUUCUGAUAUGUUUCCCCUGAACUUAUUCCCAAGACACAUGAUUCUAUAACAUUUGCCCGAAUGAUUGUGAAAUGUCUGAUAUUCUGAUAUCAGAUUCUGAUUUCCCAUCAAACAUUCAAAUAGGUACAAGAAGCUCAGAAAUAUUUCAAAGUUCUCCAAAGAUCUGCUCAUGUUUAAAAGAAGUAAAAAUCGUCUCUACAAUAUUAUCUAUAUAGAUUCUGAUCAGGGACGUCUGCAAUAGUGAAUAUGCAUCUAAUUCAAAUUGUCGAAAAAUUUCCUAAAGUCCAUUUUUAAGUCUCAAAUUAAAUCUCGCCAACAACUCCCCCGCCCCUUCUGAACUGUCUACUUGGUAACGGAGCAUUUAGAAGAAAAUUCCAAAGAUAUUUUGAGGAGAUUUUAGAAUCAAUUCUAGAGAUAACACCAAAGGUACUUCAGAGAAAAAUUCCAUUGGAGUUUUGGGAAGAACUCUAAUGGUGUUAAGCUGCAAUCGGUAUUAUCUUCGGAUUAAAUCCCGACUCUAAGCAAACAUUUUGCAGAUCAUUCAUACAGGGGGUCGGUAUUUAAAGUUAAUCCAAAUUGGAGCUUACCAUCAAAUCAAUUCAGAGUAGCACGUUUAGGAAGUUCUGCGGAAAAUUCCACGACGAUUGUAAAGAGGACUUCAGGUCCUUUUCUAAUUAGUAUUCUAAAUCAGUUCUGAUACGAAUUUUAAGGGCGAUGUCCGAGGAUAUUGAAUUCUGAGGAAACUAUAAAGUGAAUUUUAAAUGGAAGGCUGCGAAAAACACCAAAAGAGUCAAAUGUUGAGGGUGUGAAAUUCAAAAGGGAUUCUAAGUUGAGUUUGAAUGGAAUUCCGUAGAUACAUCCAAAGGCAUCUGGAGGCGAAUUUCUAGAGAGUUCUAGGAGAAUUCCAAAUGAAUUUUGAUCAAAAUUUUGAGACAAUUCUAAGGUUCUUAAUUGCAUUGGAAAUUGCGAAUCUUAAACUAGGGGGUCAGAACGAAGACCUGUUUCGUUAAUAACUCAGCUGCAACCUUGAUGCUAUCUGAGAACCUCUUUCAUCAAACUAUGAUGCAUAAAUAGUGCGAAAUCUGUUUAGAAAAGCCGCGCUCAUCAAGAGAGAAAGUCGAUGAAGAGAAUCGAUCAAAGUCACUUGCACCCCUUAAGAAUUAUGGAAGGAAGCUUCAGUGAAUUCUUGAAGUUUUCUGCAGAGAAUUUCUGGACUGUUUAAAAAAAUCAAAGGACUCCCACACUGAGUCAAACAAAUCUUAAGAAUUUCAUAAGACAAGACUCAUGAACCUGGACUAUUUUGAGUCAAUAAGACAAUUAUGAAUUCCAGAGGCAUGAGUUAUGCCUUCCAUAAGCACGACUUACGAAUGAUUAUCGUACUACAUGAGAUACUACCAGUGGUUCUUAUACACUUUUAACCUGUCCGAUUUCCCAAGCGUUGACAGAGAGCAAAUCACGGAGUCAAUUCCGAUUCCGAUCUACUACAUUUUAUAUAACUUUUUAAACUUUCAUAAACUAACCAAUAAAUUCUGUUUCAUAAGCCAAACUUAUGAUUUCCAUAAGAAAUUCUUUUGUUCGAAAAUUAAUAAGUGGUUCUUAUGGAAUUCAUACGUUCAUUUGCCUCAGUGCAGAGAGAAUCUCGAAUUUAUUUUAGAGGCAUUAUGAAAAGGGUUCUGAAGGGAAUUUUUGUUGGUAUCAUUAUUUAAGAGCUUUUCAGCCUAAAGGUUGGUUCGCCUAUGAGUGAAAGGACAUUAAAGGCAGCUCUUGAGGACGUCCCAAAGAAAUCCGGUAACGAGUUCAAGAUAGUUAAAACUUAGACAAGUCUUCGAUUUGAACACAGAAACUAACUCAAUGGUGCCUUAUAGCGAAUUUGUUUUUUCUUUUCGUUCCAACCUGGAUCAAGAUUGGAACUGCCUGUUUUUGACGAACGUCAGUUUGUUCGUUUGUUUUUAAAACCUAGCUCAGGUUGUGGUUUGCUCUGACAAAAAUUUCGGUUUCGCACUGGGUUCCAACUCCGAUAAAAAACGAAUUCGCUAUUAGCAAGGACCCGUAACGCCCAGUAACGGUGGUAGAUCGCCUUUUCGUGGUGCGU